ACCGACAUUAAUUAUGAUAUUCAGAUACAUUGUAUCAAUGUACCUGUGAAACAUUUUGUUAUAAAAAAAUAAUAUUGUUACGGAAAACGUGAAUUUAAUUAUAUAUGUGGAAGGUGCACUCUAAGAAAUAGGAAUAUAUAUUGGUGGAGAACGCUAACAGUAUUCAAAACAAUGGUGGAGACUGCCUGUGAUCCCACAUUUGAGAGGCAUUUCAAGGGUCACAGAGAUGCAAUUACAGCCUUGUGUUUCCAUCCAAAUACUACCCAACUCGUAUCGAGUAGUCUGGAUAAAACACUAUUGGUGUGGAACCUGACAGAGUCAACGCGAGCUUACAGAUUUAAGGCUCACAGAGAUGGUAUUCUGGAUGUCUGUUACGCGCCAUCUGGAGAAGUCAUAGCUAGUGCUUCGAAAGAUAGAUCUGUAAGAAUCUGGGUUCCAAAAAUUACAGGUCAAUCUAUAGACUUUAAGGCUCACUUUUCUGCUGUGAGGUCGGUACAAUUUAGUCCAGACGGGCAGAAGUUGCUCACUGCAUCAGAUGAUAAAAGUAUAAAGUUGUGGUUGGUAUGUCAAAGAAGAUUCCUCAUGGCGUUCAGUGAGCACACAAAUUGGGUGCGGUGCGCCAAGUUUUCUCCUGACGGUAGGCUCCUGGUGUCCUGCAGCGAUGACAAGACGAUCAAAGUAUGGGACAUUAGCAGCGGCGAGUGCAUCAAGACCUUCAAUGAGAUAAAAGAUCCUGCCGCGUACGUGGAGUUCCAUCCAAGUGGCGCAGCCAUCGGGUCGGCAAACGUGGGCGCGUGCAUUAAAUUGUACGACCUGAGAACUGGUUCUUUGUAUCAGCAUUAUGCCGCUCAUACAGGACCUGUAAAUAUGAUCAAGUUCCACCCGAAGGGUAACUUUAUGUUAACGGCCUCCAACGACUCUACCAUAAAAGUUCUAGAUCUCUUGGAGGGUCGACCAAUCUACACGCUCAAGGGGCACGCCGGUGGCAUAACGUCGAUCACGUUCUCGCAAGACGGUGACUUUUUCGCUUCAGGCGGCGCAGAUCGGCAGGUCCUGAUGUGGAAGUCCAACUUUUGUAGGGAUGACAUAGCUAAGAAGGCUUCUAAGCGAUUAAUACUUCCUGCCAGCAAACAAGAAUUUGACGAUACGGAUGAAAAGUCAUUUGUGGAUAGCGACAGACCCGGGGAAGAUGCGCGAGAGGACCGGGACCGAGAGGAAGAUUUAUCUGACGUACUAGAAGAGCUGAACUUGGAAACAGACAGGAAGCACCCGUGCGAAGGACCCGUAGCCGAAAUCCCAGGAACACAAGUGGAACCAAAAGUGAUCAAUACAAGGAACAUCAAGUCAUCGGGAAAAGCGCGCGUGGCAAAUGUACUAAUCCCGCAAGAUCAAGCCUUGUCCUACGCGCAUUCGUCUAGUCAGUCCGUUAAAGUUAUGGAAGCUCUUUGUGAUCAAGUGCAGUCGCUGCAUGACGCUGUGAGCGUGUUGGAACAACGCAUGACAGUAUUAGAGGAAGCGCUUGAGAAAUGAUUAUUUGACAAUAUCUUUUUUACUAUUAGACCAUAAUUAUUUUGUGUGCGUGUGGUGUGUGUGUAUGAGCAUAAUUUGAAUUGAAUAUCUUUGUGAUCGUGUCAGAUCACAGAUUACAGAUAUGCGAUAUUUAUUAUACGAGGGAGAAAUGUAUUUUGUGAUAUAUUACGUACUCGGAAAUUUUAAUCCACAAUGUAAGAGUUGCAUGGAAAAGACAUUUUAUUAUAAAGAACUUAAGUAUAA